UGCUUUGUCGUUCACGCAAUGUAUAGCCUUGAGAACAGUCCAAAGUAAAUACGUUUACUCACAGUGGACAUCUUAUCUUUUCCUCAAUAACAUGACGACUAAAAUGUCCCUUUCACGUGCGAAAAUCCCUUUAAUGGAGAUACCGUCAGUACAUGCGGAGAAGAUACCUGUAUAUAAGAGUCCACUGACGUAAAACAAUGGAUAUUUGAGCGGUCUCUGUUAUCUAUUCAUUCGUUAUUGCGAACAAUGUCCCAUGACCAUGGUAUCACUUAAAAUUAGAUAACUGGGACUGUUUCGAUGAAAGUGACCAUAUAUAUAUAUUGUUAGUGGAGUGUUGAAGUGCCAAUAUGUAGUUUAUUGCCUGUACUUGUAACCGUGUACAGUCAGCUGCUAGAAUAUUUUUACCGCUCGCAGUGUCCCGAAAGGGGGAAAGGAUUCGGCUUUUACUACUGUGUAGUGUGAAUGCAGUAAUUAGGAUAAACUUCAGGGGUUGUAUUGCCGGUUUGCUUAUAUCAUACACUUUGACUACAUGAAAUAAUAUUAAAUCCACCAGUAUCGACUACUGCAUCAGCCACGAAUGAUCUGCGUGCCACGUCCCUGUAACGUAGAAUGAAAUGGCGAGGCACUUGCUUCUGUGGAUGUACAUGUUGGUUGUCCCAACAGUGAUAGCUGCCGUGAAGGAGAAAAAGCAUCGAUUCUAUUAUAUGGACGGGACAUUCAACCAAUGCAGACAGACGUUCAAAAUCCACAACGAUACCAUGGCGGUAGUAACAGCAUGGAUACGCACGAUUAGGUACGCGCCGGACAUCCCCAGCACGUGCACGCUGACGUUUACGGCGUCAGAUCCGUCCAUGAUACUCAGGGCCAGCUUUAGUGCCAUAUACAUGCCGUGUUCUACUAGUUCCAGGACUCAGCUUAAUUUUUAUGACGGUGACGGGAAGGGGAAAUUGUUGAGGGCAAUACACUGCAAUACCCUGGCUCUCAGCGACAUCCUAUCUGGUCACAAUUCCAUGCAAAUCAGGCUCCAUAGGGGACAGAGCAUCGACUACGACUUCAAAUUCACUGUCAUAUCAGAAAAAGCUGGACUUACAUUCGGCCAGUCGUCUGCCAUCAUCGUGAGCAGCGUCAUCGUCAUUGAGGUAGCCAUAGUGGUCGCGGGAUGCUAUAUCAAGCGACGCCGGGCUAGGGCCAGGGCUAGAGCGGCGGUAGAGGGCGCUCAAAUACAGGGGGGACCUGCCGGAGUGUACACAGAUCCACCGCCUUACGACAGUAUCUGCAUCAUCAGCUCAUCCGUCCACAACUCCAGAACCAGACUUCUAUACAGCGAGGAACACAACAGCGACCAGCCUCCACCGCCAUACUCUAGAGACAUAGAGCGUCUCUGCUCUUUCACUGCGGUAAGGCCAUCGUCUCUUAAAGUAGACGCCGUUGACAGUUUGCCGCGUCCAACUGGAGUACCGCCGCCGUCCUAUUGUGACAGGAUCUCAGCGCCAGGAGAGAACUUCGGGCAAGGAGAUUUUCCGUCUAUUCAGACCACCCCUGGGACUCUGAGGAGCGACCCUGGGGACUUUACUAGCAAAUCGUUACCCUAAACUGAUUCACAAAGAGGGUCAAUAUACUGAAGCGUUUUUAUUUACGUUUACUUAUAGAAUUGACCUAGUUAUGAUAAAGAGUGAAUCACCUCUUUUGAUUAUGUGGAUUUAAAUGUAAGCAGGUGCCCUAUGUUACAGGGUCCAGUUCCCAUUUAUCUGUACAGGUGCGAGUUAGGGACCGUUCCCAUAACCCUAUCGUACUAGCUGGAUCGAUCUUAUUCCUCGGGGA